CGUUAUUUAACAACGAAUUGUCUCAUUUUUCUUAACUUUUCUUUACUCCUUCUUCCUCUGCAAAGACAAGGCCGCCAUGCCGGACUCUUAUGCUACUGAGCGUACCCCGUUACUAUCGCAUUCUUCACAACAAAACAGUGUUGUUCAAUAUGCAAUUAACUACUCGAAUGAACCCAUCACUCAUGUUAUACCCAAUCAGUCUGGCGCCCCUACUUACAUUUCAACCCAACAAUCCAAACAAUGCUGCAGUGGUCGCGAAAACUGCUCCUUGGCUUGCCAAACUACCUCCGCCUCCACCAAUAGUUGCUGUCGUUCUGGUGACAACUUUACAGUCAAUGUGCCCAAUGAUCAAAACGAAUGUUGUGGUCUAGGUCUAGGGUGUAGUAUUAAAGGCGACGUAAAGACAUGCUGUAGAGCAAGCUCCAGCAAAGCUGAAAUCGAACGAAAUGAAUCCUGCGAUGGUCUCUCUAGUCAACCAUGGCAAAAUAAGGCAGUCGCUUUACUCUGUGCUCUGCUACUAGCAGUCGGAAGUCAUUUUGCUGCACAUACCUUAGGCGCAAUGAAAAAUAUUAUCAAAGAGGAAUUCGGGAUCUCCAAUUCUCAAUAUGGUGUGAUUCAAUCAAGCGUAUCUAUUGUGAAUACCAUUUUGCCGGUGCUUGGUGGAUUAUUCAUCGAUGCUUUUGGAACGGCUACCGGUUCAUUUGUUACCACUCUUCUAAUUACUUCUGGCAAUGUCCUCGUCGCCUACUCAACCCACAACAAAAGUCUUAUGACCAUGAUUCUUGGACGAGUCUUGUACGGUAUCGGUAGUGGAACAGUUGUUAUUGUCCAAGAGACUAUCUUGAGCCAUUGGUUCAGUGGUCGCAGCCUUGCUGGCGUGGUCUCCCUCAUGCUGACCACGAGUCGACUGGCUUCGUUUGCUGCUCAAGCGAGUAUGAUUCCUAUUGCUGAAUGGACGGGAUGGUAUGGAUAUGCACUUUGGUUCUCGGCUGCCUUAUGCUUUUUCUCAAUGCUGGUGAAUAUGAUUUAUAUCAUGCUGCUCAGACAUCUAGAGAAGAAGAAUGUCACAGACAAAGCUUGCGCCAAGUUCCAUAUCGAUAACAUCAAGCAGAAGAAGGACUUUAGCUGGAACAAAUUGUUGCAUCUACCUCACUCGUACUGGUUGAUUGCCGUUAUGGAAUUCCUACUUGGGGGUGGAUGGGGCUGUUUCCUUCAUAUUAACAGCGAAUUUGUGAAAUUCCGCUUUGGUUACAACAACUAUGACUCUGCUCGCAUUGCAAGUACCGCCCAGAUAGCCCCUAUCAUCGUCAUGCCCUUCCUAGGACUAUUCAUCAAUCGAAAUGGCAAGAGAACAUGGAUGAUGAUUGCAAGCGGAGCGUCGAUGUUGUUGUCUAUGGUGCUCCUAGGCUAUACAAUGCUUCCUCCCGUGAUUGGCAUGCUCAUAUUUAGUCUUUCCUUGGCUCUCGGACCAGUGGCCCUUGUUUCAUCUGUACCAGUUAUCUUACCCCUGUGUUUGGUUGGUACCGGCAUGGGCAUUAUCAAAUCUGGUACAAACAUUGGAGCUACUAUAUUUGAUAUCGUAGUUGGCCGGCUACAAGAUGCUGAUCCACAAAAAGGCUAUGACGGUGUACUUAUGUUCUUCAUGUGCAUCUCUUUUGGCGCAGUGAUCGCUGGUAUCGUGCUCGCCAUCAUCGAUCGCGUAUUCUACUCUGGCAUUCUGGACGCCAAUGCUCGCCAAUCCAAACUUCUUGUUGGUCGUGACAGCCGUGGAGAGCUCAAGGUCCCGAGAGUGGAAGAGAAAGUCGUUUUGAAUUGGGUUUAUGGCUCUGUCUUCGUCGCACUAGCUGUGGCCAGUUGGAUUCUGUUCUUUAUCUUCGUCCUAAAAUGAACCCCCCCCCUUAGAAAAUGUACUCGCGUCACAAACGAAAACAUCUGUAUGAUAUAUAUAUAUUUUUUUCUGCUCGACCAUGUAGCUUUCCUCCCGGACCCCCACUUUCUCAUCUCGGCUACCUUGUAUAUUUCUUCUCAUUUUCCAUUUACGGAUUUGAUCUUUACUCCAUAGUUGCUUUAAAAGAAACCCCCCUUAUAUCCCGCCCUAGCUUGAUAAUACUACUAUUAAAACGUCCAUCCAAGAUCCAAAAGACUCAGAUCCAUCGAAAUUUUUAGUAUUUCAUGCGAUAUUUUUCCACAAGAGGACAUUGAAAGAA